GAACGCGAACGGAUGGGGGUACUUUUCGCUCGUAUCGCACGCAGUGUUUUGUUAAGUUGCUUACAAAGUCAGAAAACAAAAGCGUUUGUAUGCUGCAGAAUUGUGAGUGUUUGUGUUUGCAAAGUGAAAAAUGUAAUGAAAGCGCCAACAGCCGCAAACCAAAAAAAAAAUUAAAUACUGUGAGUGCGUAUGCCCACGAAAAUAUGUUUCUGGUGAUGUUGCAAGGGCAAAAGCAAAUUUUUCUUCAAAAGCAACAAAAACCACCAGAGCAGUGCUUAGCUCUCUUUGUCUCGCGCAUUAUUGUUGUAUGCAUUUUUACUAGUGUGAAGUUCUGCGUCAACGUCUGCACCUGGGUGCGUGUGUUUGCAUCUGUGUAUCUGCAGAGACGUCGUUACCUGCGACGGCAAGAUCGUGCAAAAACAAAGUGUAAACAAAACAAAAAAAUACGCACACAUGCAUGCAUACAUAUGUAAAUCCACGCAGCUAUUCAAGUGAAAUUCGUGGAAUCUCGAUUUGUUUGCCUGCAAAAAUAUUUUAUACAUAAAGUGGUUUAUGUAUCGCAGUGUAUAUAAACAUGUGUGCUGCAACAUUUAAUAGUUGCUAAACGGUGUUUCAUUGGAGUUUGAUUUCCAAACGCCCACACCAACAAAUAACUAUCAAUAUGAAACGGAAACGAUAAACUCGUCACCGGAAGUAGACGAAUUUAAUGGAAUUCAAAAUAUAUUAAGAAUGAAUAAGAAGAAUAUGUACAUACAUACAUACGUAUCUACUAGCAGGACAUCAUCGAUUCACAGAGCUUUCAUACACUAUGAGAAUAAAGCAAAACCAAUUUAAAACAAUACAGUUGAAUAACGAAUUUUAUACACAUAUCAAAAAGUGAGAAACGUGGUUUUAAAAUAAAAAUUGUGCUAAAAACCAGUUGAAAUUCGCGUAAUCAUGAAAGUGGACGUGCUUAAGACUUCAACAACCUUUACUUAAAAUCGACGAAAAUCUACAAAAUUUGCAUUACGUAUUAUUCAUGGCAAUAUACAUAUGUAUCCAAAAAAGUGAAAUUAUAUAUCUACAUACGUACGUAGAUACUACAAAAAUUAUACCAAAACGAAAAGAAAAAAUAUAAUAAAUUAAAAAUCAGUUCUAUUAAAAAGUGAAUAAAAGUGUUGAUCGUACGCCUGAAAAUGACAGCCAGCAAAAUGAGCAACGACUUGUCUGCUAAAAAGGUUGCCACAAAACCAACAACAAAUGCAACAAAAAUUAAUAUGGCACCAACACAAUCAGCCACUUCGUGUGGAGUUGGCGAAUUCGAAGCGAGUAUCCAAACAACUUAUCGAAUACAAAAGCAAAAUCAACAAAAAACAAUACAGACAACUACAAGCAGCAAACAACAGCAGCAACAGAAGCAGCAUUUGCAACUACAACGAAACUUACUCAUUGGAUUAAUUUUUACAGCAUUUUGCGCACAGAAUGUGUUUUGUGCCGACUUAGCCAUAAGCAUACCUAAUAAUCAAGGACAGGACAAUGUUUUUUAUCGCAUCGACUACAGUCCGCCAUAUGGUGAUCCAGCGCCAAACACCACAAUACAGUCGCGCGAGAUAGGCGAGGAGAUACAGUUUUCCCAUGCCCUUCCCGGUACCAAGUACAAUUUUUGGUUGUACUACACGAAUUACACUCACCCUGAUGUACUGUCGUGGACAGUGACAAUUACCACAGCGCCGGAUCCACCCUCAAAUCUCUCCGUGCAAGUGCGCAGUGGCAAAAAUGCAAUAAUAUCUUGGUCCCCACCUACACAAGGCAACUACACGUCCUUUCGCAUCAAAGUGUUGGGACUUUCAGGUGCUUCCAGUUCAUAUAAUCGCACAUUCGUAGUGAAUAACACAUUCCAACAUAGCGUCAAAGAGUUGACGCCUGGUGCCACAUAUCAGGUGCAAGCCUACACAGUUUACGAUGGCAAGGAGUCGGUGGCGUAUACCAGCCGAAAUUUCACAACAAGUAGAAGGACGCGGCAUAAAGAAUUGUUGGAUAUAAAAAUACUGCGAGAGCCCAACACACCUGGCAAAUUCAUCGUUUGGUUCCGCAAUGAAACCACACUGCUCGUGCUAUGGCAGCCACCCUAUCCUGCCGGAAUUUAUACCCAUUACAAAGUCUCAAUCGAACCGCCGGAUGCACUAGAAAGUGUGCUGUACGUAGAGAAGGAAGGUGAACCGCCCGGACCCGCCCAGGCAGCCUUCAAAGGGCUCGUCCCAGGUCGUGCAUAUAACAUAUCUGUGCAAACAAUGUCUGAAGAUGAAAUCUCCCCACCGACUACCGCACAAUACCGCACUGUCCCACUGCGGCCGUUGAACGUGACUUUUGAUAAGGAUUAUAUUUCCUCGAAUUCAUUUCGAGUGUUAUGGGAGGCGCCAAAAGGCAUAUCAGAGUUUGACAAGUACCAAGUCUCAUUAGCCGCGUCGCGUAGACAAUCGUUUGUAUCACGGACCAAUGAUCCGGUAGCCUACUUCGAUUUCCGUGAUAUCACCGAACCGGGUAAAACAUUCAACGUGAUUGUAAAAACCGUUUCGGGAAAGGUGACAUCAUGGCCUGCAGCGGGGGAUGUUACGCUCCGUCCAUUGCCAGUGCACAGUUUGCGCUCAUUUAAUGAUGACAACACGAACACGAUGCGGAUCACAUGGGAGCCGGAUCCGGCGAGUACGCAGGAUGAAUACCGCAUAGCCUACCACGAGCUUGAAACCUUCAACGGGGACACCAGCACUUUCACCACCGACCGAACAAGCGCAAAUUUGGAGAGUCUCCUGCCGGGACGCAACUACUCCCUCUCAGUUCAGGCAGUAUCGAAAAAAAUGGAAUCAAAUGAAACCACAAUAUUCGUUGUAACACGGCCAUCUUCGCCCAUCAUUGAGGAUCUCAAGAGCAUACGCACUGGUCUAAACAUAAGUUGGAAGAGUGAUGUCAACUCCAAGCAAGAGAAAUAUGAAGUACUCUAUUCGCGCAACGGCACCUCCGAAGUGCGAACUAUAGACACAAAGGAAUCGCGUCUGGUCAUUGCGAACCUGUACGCUGGCGCUGGAUAUGAAUUGAAAGUAUUUGCCGUUAGUCAUGGCUUAAGAAGUGAACCGCAUGCUUAUUUCCAAGCAGUAUUUCCCAAUCCUCCACGCAAUAUGUCCAUCGAAACGGUGCGAAGCAAUUCUGUGCUGGUGCAUUGGGCACGACCUGAAAAUAGCGACUUCACAGAGUAUUCGAUGCGUUAUCGGACAGAGACCAAAGAGCAAUGGAUUAACCUGCCAAGUGUACGUUCUACAGAGGCAGAUAUUACCGAUAUGACCAAAGGAGAAAAGUACACCAUACAAGUGAACACCGUGAGCUUUGGCGUGGAGAGUCCCAAUCCACAAGAAGUGGUUUAUACUGUUCCGCCUAAUGAGGUAUCAAAUAUUAUACCUCUAGUAGACUCGCGCAAUAUUACUCUGGAAUGGCCGAAGCCUGAAGGACGCGUUGAAUCGUAUAUACUUAAGUGGUGGCCCACAGAAAGUCCUAGCAAAGGGCAGUCCAAAACCGUUUCUGAGAAUAAAUCAGAUGAGUCAUCCACUGUCCGAGUCUUGAUUGGGGACCUUAUGCCUGGAGUGCAGUAUAAGUUCGACAUACAGACAACAUCAUACGGGAUCUUCUCGCGCACCACACAUCUUUCCACACGCACCAUGCCGCUAAUCCAAUCCGAGGUGGUCGUUGUAAACGACAGACAAGAAGAUGAACGCGACACCAUUACUCUGUCAUAUACGCCAACACCGCAGUCAUCUUCGAAAUUCGAUAUCUACCGCUUUUCACUUGGCGAUCCUGAGAUAAAAGACAAGGAAAAGUUAGCCAACGACACGGACCGAAAAGUAACAUUCACUGGGUUAAUUCCCGGUCGUCUUUAUAAUAUCACCGUCUGGACAGUAAGUGGCGGCGUGUCCAGCCUGCCAAUCCAACGCCAGGAUCGUCUCUUCCCGGAACCCAUUACUCUGUUACAUGCCACCAACAUCACUGACACGGAAAUCUCACUCAAAUGGGAUAUUCCAAAGGGCGAAUACAAUGACUUUGAUGUGCAAUAUUUAACCGCCGACAAUAUUCUCGCACAGAACAUCACCACUCGAAACGAAAUCACGAUCAACGAUCUGCGUCCGCAUCGCAACUACACAUUCACAGUAGUGGUCCGCUCAGGCACGGAGUCGUCGGUGUUACGCAGCAGUUCUCCACUCUCAGCAAGCUUCAGCACAAACGAAGCAGUUCCCGGGCGCGUCGAACGCUUCCAUCCAAUAGAUGUGCAACCCAGUGAAAUAGUUUUCGAGUGGCUGCUACCAUCGAGUGAAGCUAAUGGGGUCAUUCGUCAGUUUUCCAUCACCUACAUGAAUGUAAACAAUGUCACCGAAACGCGAACCCAACAAUUCGAAUCAACUGAGACGACAGGUGCUAUACGAAAUCUGAGGCCGGGUGAAACGUAUGUUUUUAAAAUACAAGCGAAAACAUCUGUGGGCUAUGGACCGGAACGUGAGUAUAAGCAGACAAUGCCAAUAUUGGCGCCACCACGUCCAGCCACACAGGUAGUACCCACCGAGGUGUAUCGCAGCUCGCAAACGAUACAAAUACGUUUCCGAAAGAACUACUUCUCCGAUCAGAAUGGACCGGUUCGCUGGUACACAAUUAUCGUCGCCGAGGAUGACACCAAAAAUGCUUCAGGACUGGAGAUGCCCAGUUGGCAUGACGUACAAUCGUAUAGUGUAUGGCUGCCAUAUCAGGCAAUCGAUCCAUAUUACCCAUUUGAAAAUCGAUCCGUGGAGGACUUUACUAUUGGAACAGAAAAUUGUGAUAACCGGAAAAUAGGCUACUGCAAUGGACCGCUGAAAUCUGGUACUACGUACAGGGUGAAAGUGAGAGCAUUCACAGCACCCGACAAAUUUACGGACACUGCUUACAGCUUCCCAAUUCAAACAGAUUUAUUAAUCUCCCCUGAUCAAGACAACACUUCGCUGAUCGUUGCCAUCACCGUGCCACUUACCAUCAUAUUUGUAUUACUCAUCACUCUUUUUGUAUUCAAACGUCGCCGCAACAGUUGCCGCAAAGCCACUAAAGACUCUCGUGCCAACGACAACAUGUCUCUGCCAGACAGCGUAAUCGAACAAAAUCGACCAGUUUUGAUAAAGAACUUCGCUGAACACUAUCGGCUCAUGUCGGCCGAUUCCGAUUUCCGCUUUAGUGAGGAAUUCGAAGAAUUAAAGCAUAUAGGUCGCGAUCAGCCAUGCACAUUCGCCGAUCUGCCAUGCAAUCGUCCUAAAAACCGCUUUACCAACAUUCUUCCCUAUGAUCACUCCCGCUUCAAGCUGCAACCUGUGGACGAUGAUGAGGGCUCCGAUUAUAUCAAUGCAAAUUAUGUGCCGGGUCAUAACUCGCCACGUGAAUUCAUUGUCACACAAGGCCCACUGCAUUCGACUCGCGACGACUUUUGGCGCAUGUGUUGGGAGAGUAACUCGCGUGCCAUUGUAAUGUUGACUCGCUGCUUCGAGAAGGGACGCGAGAAGUGCGAUCAGUAUUGGCCAAAUGACACGGUACCAGUCUUUUAUGGGGACAUCAAAGUGCAAAUAUUGAAUGACAGUCAUUAUGCCGACUGGGUAAUGACCGAGUUUAUGCUGUGCAGGGGCAGCGAGCAGCGCAUAAUGCGUCACUUCCAUUUUACCACUUGGCCUGACUUCGGUGUGCCAAAUCCUCCACAAACUCUGGUUCGUUUCGUACGUGCCUUCCGGGAUCGUAUUGGCACCGAUCAACGUCCUAUAGUGGUGCACUGUAGUGCUGGUGUAGGUCGGUCCGGCACAUUCAUCACACUCGAUCGUAUUCUACAGCAGAUAAAGACGUCCGAUUUUGUCGAUAUUUUCGGUAUAGUCUAUGCCAUGCGUAAAGAACGUGUUUGGAUGGUGCAAACGGAACAGCAAUAUAUAUGCAUCCAUCAGUGUUUGUUGGCUGUGCUUGAGGGUAAGGAGAACAUUGUUGGUCCUGCGCGGGAAAUUCACGAUAAUGAGGGAUACGAGGAUGAUGAAGGUAUCGCGGAGUCGGGAAUGUAAAAAAUAUUAACUAUAGUCAAAUGUAUGUAGUACUUAAUACGUGUAAAUUAUGAGCUGAAGAAACGUAUAUUUACACAUACAUACGUAUAUAAGAAAGCAGCUUGACACUUUGGCAGCUGUAAUUGUUGAUAAGCAUAACGACGAUCGGAUACUUCCCAUUAUAUCUAAUAGGAAUAAGAUUGAGUCGAAAGCUGAACACCAACUCAGAGUGAAGUGUAAGUUAUAUUCAAAAAAAAAUGUAAAAAAUAGAAGUGAACGUACGUACAUAUGCAUAGAUAAUAGGAAGACAACAGAAAUAGUACUCAUAACAAUAAUAAGUACCAUGGAUAUUAGGUAAACGAGUGGUAAAUUAGUAAAAGAAGAGAAUCUCGCCAACAAAAGAACAAAUAUUUUAAAAAUAUUUAUACUUAAAAAACGCACUUAAUUAAAUUAUUAAUUAGUGAACGAGCAAAGUAUGCCAAUGGAAACUUUUUUACAUAAAAUGUAUAAUAUAAAAAUUAACGCUAUACCUACAUAUUAUAAAUAACGAAGUCUGUAAUUAACCAACAAAUUAUACGUGUAAGUGUGUGUGCAUCAAUGGCAAGAGCAUUAACAAAAAUAACUCUAAAUUAUUACUUUUUUCGUAUCUAUUGUGUUUUUAACUGACUUCGAAAAACUAGGAAGGUUUUUAUACAUAUGUAUGUAUAUAAGUAUGUAUGUACGUUUAUUAGUUACCGCCACUCAACUACAGAAUUCUGUAAUUUCAAAGUAUUUCGUGCUUAUUUAGAUCUAUCUUUUGCAACCAGUCAGAGUAAAAAAAGAGAAAGAAAGAAAUAUGCAUACCCAUAUGCAUAAAAGCCUGAUUAUGGCAACUUAACUUAACUUAACGGAACGUACAACUUAGAGAAUCAAAAUGAAACAGAUUUCGACGUGACAUUAGUUUACGUUAAGUUUCGGCUGUUCAACUAUAAGCAACAUCCAUUUAACAGCAUUUUUGAGUGAGAGCCAUAAGUUACGUAAAGUUACCAUAUCAGACCAUAAGGGUGAUAAUUAUAUGAGUGCAAUUCUGGGGAGCUGAGUUGAUACUAGGAAAA